CGUUAGCGCAUGUUCCCAUUCGAAUUCGAACUUCUCUCUGCCCCCAUUAUCUUCCCUCCUUCCCAUUUGCUUUCCACAUUUCCAUUCUCCGGUAUCACCCAAGUCCAGAGAAAAAUGCAAUUCCUCCAGUCUCCAGUCACCGGAAACCAGAAGUCAAGGCUAAACAGUGGCCGGAAGCCUCUGCAACCCAAGAACUCGGAGCCGGUCCAGAUCUCCACUAAGCCACUCCCAUUGUUGCCAGAUUUGAGGAAGGUCAACGUCUGUGUUUCUAGCGGCAGGGGUAAGGAGAACCAGAAUCUGGGUCUGGUUUAUGACACCCCUCCAGCGAGUAAAAAGCUCAUCCAGCAGCCAUCCAUCCCGCCCAUCGACUCAUCCCUGGCGGAGGAGCUGAGCGCGAUGCGGAAGAGAAUGGAGCGGCUGAGGUCGGACAGAGAGAAGACGGAGAAGAUGCUCAAGGAGAGAGAUAGGGUGCUGGAUUUGCAGAUGAAGGAAAUGGAAGCGAGGGCAGAAGCGCAGAUGACGAUGGAGAUGGAGGUGGAUCGACUCUUUCGAUUGAAGGAGCUUCACACUUGCUCCAUGAAGAUUUCGCCCCUUCGGUCGCUUAGAGACAAGGAGCAAGAGAGGAAGCUAAGUCGAAGAUAUGACGAGAAGAAGAUGGUGGAAGAGGAACAAGGAAGCAGCGGAUUGCAGCAGCGUGGGAAUGACAGUCCAUGCUGCUCCAGCACAAGCUCCAAUUCCAUUUCAACCCCAACCCAACAACAACUGGUUGAUGCUGUCUAAUUAAUUAGUGUAACUAUUCCUCAAUGUUAUUGUUAUUCCAUUCGAUCAAGCCGCGCUUCUUGCGCACUGGGUUUAUCGGCCUGUGUCUUCGUCUCAAUGUUGAAUUUGGAGGGUUCAGCUCGAAUCUUUAAUCGCCUAGAAUUUCAAAGUUUGAAGCAACACGUUCUCUCAUAAAUGCGAGUUUUAAAUUCAUCCUUCCAGAUAAUUAUUGUGCCGUCAACAAUCUAAGAAAACUACUACCAGUGGGGAGGAAUUUCAAUAUGUUGACAGCCAUCCAGUCCUAAAAUGCAAUCCAAACAACAAAGAUAUCCAGAAUUCGAUGUUUCUUCACUAUACGGACUCGCUAGUAGCUACAAAGGACAGCUUUCAGCCUCUAAGACCUCUAAGCACACCAUUAGAAGUACACAUCACCAGCGCUAUGUUGCUCCGAUUAGUUAGAAUAAUUAAGCCGUAAGUAACCAAAAAACAGCAACACUGUUCCUUACGAAAAACACACUAAUUACCAUAAGAGUAUUCUGAAUCACUGUUCAUCCGUGUAAUUUUUCGCCUGUGGCAGAUCUAUGCUAUCUCCCAUAAUCCCGUGUGCGGCAAACCAAGUAAUUAACCGUUGCUAAAUUUCUGUUCGCCCGAUGGCCAAAGAAAUAGAGAGAGACAAAGGGAAAAGCAUCUGUAAUUGCUGCUGAGAAUUGAGAGAGAGCUUCCUCUCCCAUCUCUUCUCCUUUCUCUCUUGUUUGGUUUUCCGUCCUUUCCCUCCGACGACGACUUGCGGAUACAAGAGAAGAAGAGGAUGGUGGCUACAUUCCAAAUUUGCUGGGUCGAAGAUGUCUUUUUCCCCCUCUCCCAAACUAGCUACAAACGCCAAUCAGGGGAAAUCGAAACCCCUAGGCCGCAAUUUUUCACCGCCAUAGCAGUUUUGAUCUUGAUGAUCAUCGCCUUCCAAAUCAAGUUGGGCCUAGAGUCCAUCUUAUUGUAGCAUCCAGAACACGUCCUUUCACCUUCUCCCGUAUCUACAUCUUCCCGGGAGGUGGCUAAUUGAGUACGGCGAAAAUAGACUGCUGAAGCCACGCUCUGCUUAAUUGGAAGAAGGUAAUCAUAAGUCCCUUUUUCCCUUUAUAACAUAGAAAUUCGAGCACUCUGAUUUGUUGCUGAUGGAAUUGGCUAAUCAGAAGAAGAGGGUACAUUGCAUUCAUUGAUGAGUUCAAUUGCAUGCAACAUACCUUCUUUGUUUCAUCGUUCAACAUCAUGCUGCAGUGAAGAUGAAGGUUGAGGAGAUGACGUCGUUGAAAGGUAAUCCAAAGAAAGAUGCAUAGAGAAUUGCAUGAUGAUGGAAAAUAAACUUCUGAAUUCGAUCUCAAUAUAAGAGAUGAAUGGACAAACUACACAUGAUUUAAGAGAAUUGCAUGUGAUAUCUUGUUGAAGAAGCAUAGAAGAGAAACUGCUGGUUGGAGAAAGGAUUAUAACUGUUUUUACUCAUUUUCUUCUUGCACGCAAAGCAUAAAAAUGGAGGAUCUGGUUUUACUAAUAGCAUUAUUGUCCUUCUUAUGUGCAUGUGCUACACGUUGCAACAAAUGAAUGCCACUUGACACCUCCAUUAAUAUUUUUAUUGUUUUUAUGAGUCAAUAUCAUGGUUGUCAAACCGGUUUAUACUGUCGUGUCGAUUUAAUAAGUGGUAUUCCGAGUAACCGACCUAUGUCAGUUUAACAAAAUAUGUAAAAUUGUAACAAAUUAAUAAUAUCAAAUGAAUAAACAUAUAUAAAACAUAUUUGAAGGAAAUCUACUUAGAAUAUACAUUCAUAUGUAAAUAAAAUACAUUAUUUCAAAAAAAUAACAAAUACUCAUAUUUAAA